UGGGCUAUGGUAAAGCAGAGCGGGAGCUGUGAGCUGGAGCAGUGCAGAACAGCAGGGCGGAGGGGGAGGACGUGUGCUGAGCAGCUCCCGGUCACCUCUACGGUCACAGACGGUCACAUCUGCAGCUCCGUUCCUUGCAUUGUGAGGAGACUUCAGCCGCAUCUGGAGCAGCACCGGACGCGUUAUUUUCUUUAACCCUCGCCGUGCCGGCUCCUCGCCACUUGUCUUGCACGUAGUAGUAUUGCAGGUCUGCAGCACUGCAGGGUGCCAGUCCCCUCACUGCCAACCACAGACACAGGAGGGCAGGACAUCACCAAUGCAGCAGCUGCUGGCAACAUUGGCUACAACCUCUCUAUGUAAAAGGAUUUAUUACAGCGGAUCUCUACAGCCAGGAGGUAUAUAGAGAGCACAGAACCGCACCGUGUGAAUACAGACGUGCUGACAACCUCAGCCAUGAGUACCCAGGACUGCAGCAACAGCAGCACAGGCGGAGUGAUAAGUUAUGUUGGCUCCAGCGGCUCUUCCCCUAGUCGGACCAGCCCUGUGUCUCUGUACAGCGAAUGCUCAACAGGAAGCCCACAAAGUGGAGCCCCUCAAUUCGCAUCCUACCUACCGCCAUCACCUUCCCACUCUUACAGCGCCAGCUCCUCAGGGGGUGAUACCUCCCCUCGAUCAUCCUAUGGCCUGGCUUCGUCCCCAGGAGGACUCCACGUGGCCCUCGAUGAUGGCAGCCGGGUAUCUCCAAGCAAAACUUCCAGCAACAUAACAAAGUUGAAUGGAAUGGUCUUGCUAUGUAAAGUCUGUGGGGACGUCGCCUCAGGAUUCCAUUAUGGGGUGCACGCGUGCGAAGGCUGCAAGGGUUUUUUCCGGCGCAGCAUCCAGCAGAAUAUUCAGUACAAGAAAUGUUUGAAGAAUGAGACUUGCUCCAUUGUACGGAUUAACAGAAACCGAUGCCAGCAGUGCCGCUUCCGCAAGUGUCUCGCGGUGGGCAUGUCUAGAGAUGCUGUCAGGUUUGGUCGCAUCCCGAAAAGAGAGAAACAACGGAUGUUGGCCGAGAUGCACAAUGCAAUGAGUCACAUCGCUGGGGGUCACUUUGGGAGAAGGAGCCCUGUUCCACUUCAGCCACAACAACUUCGGCCUUCUUCUCCACCCCACAUGUGCCCAGCUUCCUGCCCGUCACCUCCUUCGCUCGCUGAACCCUUUUCCCACUACCCGCAGCAGCUGACGCCUCCUCGCUCUCCCAGUCCAGAACGUGUUGAUGACGUUAUCAUUCAAGUGGCUCAAGCUCAUCGACAGAUAUUUGUCUACGCCCACGAAAAAAUUUGUGGAAAGGUGUCCACCUGGGAGAAUGAAACCAAACCAUCUAUUUGCUGGUUACAGGGCAAUGGAGAAUCCAGAGGAAACCGCAGUGUUCACCUGGCAUGUCCUAUGAGUGCGCUGCCCCUUGGAGGUCCGCCUCGCUCUGUGCAGGAGGUCUGGGAGGACUUCUCUCUUAGCUUCACCCCAGCAGUGCGGGAGGUAGUUGAAUUUGCUCGUCAUAUCCCAGGCUUCCAAGAGUUACCUCAACAGGAUCAAGUCACCCUGCUAAAGGCAGGUACAUUUGAGGUCCUCAUGGUACGAUUUGCCUCCUUGUUUGAUGUGCGGGAACGGUCCCUGCGUUUUCUUAGUGGAGCAACCUAUUCUCUGCCGGAGCUCCAAGCGAUGGGGAUGGGCGAGCUUCUUAGCUCUAUGUUCGAUUUCAGCGAAAAGUUGGCAUCUCUUAACCUUAGCCAGGAGGAACUGGGGAUCUUCACUGCACUUGUCCUCGUGUCUGCAGAUCGAUCUGGUAUGGAGAACGCUUCACUGGUUGAGCAGCUGCAGGAGACCCUGAUUCGCGCUCUUCGCUCUCUCAUUUUAAAAAACAGUCCAAAUGACAUUUCCCGAUUCACAAAACUACUACUGAGGCUGCCAGACCUGCGGACCCUGAACAGCAUGCACUCGGAAAAACUUCUGUCAUUCCGUGUCGACACACACUGAACUUGAUGCAUGGCCGUCGACCUAAAAAGCUUCUUCUGGUUGCAUUAUGGACUCCCAUCACAGAGUCACUUCCUGGAGAAGAACUGAUGACAUCCAUCGUGCUGAGGGAGCAAUGGGUGUCGUGGGAAUACCCACUGUCUAUGAUGUCAACCUCUGUGACUGACUGAUGGCAUUGGAUAGUCACAGGCAUGACCACUGGCAUGCCCAGAAUUGGGUAUGAGGCACUUCUUAAGAGACGAGAGACCUGCAGUGCCAUGUAUAUUUAUACAUAUGUACAUAUGUUAACUGUCAUACAGUGUCAACCAUUGUGUAAAUAUCUGUGUGUAUAUCAGAAGUUGUGAAAAAUAUAAAUAUUUUGACACCCUUCACCCGUGUGUUGCACCCUCUAUCAAUCAUGGAUAUCAGACAGGAACAUGCCGUGUACAACUCUGGUAUAAACUCUAUGGUACUGUUCAAGAGGUCAGGAUGUACUCACAGCUUUAGGGCCCCAAAGAGGGUCAAUCCUAUCAAGUCAAAAUAUAAGGAUGUGACGAACAAUACAGCUGUGCGUACGCCUGUAAGGUUCAAGUGUAUAGGAGCGCUCUGUACAUCGCGAUCACAUGGUCUACAGUGACCCUUACUGGAGCAGUGCUCUGUGUGCGUGUACAAAACACAAACUGCAAACAGCUCUCUCUCCUGUACUCUAAACACCUGCGCCCGGACUGGCCUGCAGCGUCCCCGGACCGGAUACGGCUAUGUAGAAAGGGAUGUCCAGCGCAAGGUGCAGUAAAAUCAGGUUGCUUUAUUGAAGGAUCAGAGGACACAAGACAGGUAACGGGACAAACGCCGACAUGUUUUGGAUGUUUGCCAUGCGAGAUCCGAAACACGUCGGCGUUUGUCCUGUUGCAUGUCUAAGUGUACGGUACAUAUAUGCAAAAUGUCUGUGUACAUACAGUAUAUGUUGUAUUUAUAUUUUGUAACUAUUUAUAUAUGAAGAGAUAGAUCUGUAAAUAAAAUGUUUAAACGGU